GAAGAAAAACCGCCACGCACAUACGAUUUUAGUUGCCCUAACACUCCUCCCUGUUUCGCUUGCUUACUCUUGCAAAAAAACAAAAAAAACAAAAAAAAAAAAGCUUCAAACAACUUUCUAAAAUUUUUCUCAAAUUUCAUUUCAUAAAUAGUUCCAAAUUGCGAAAUCCUCGACGACGUCUUCUCCUUCUUCCGGUACACUUCUACCCACUUUUUCUUUGUAUUACUUUCUCCAAAUUUCGGGUUUUGGUUUUGACGAAAACGUUCAAGAGUAAACGCUAGUCUCCGUUAUUUUCAGAAGAAAAGUUAGUGUUCUGAAUUUUGGGAGUAAAAAGAGGCGUUUAGUUACGGUUUGUACACUCUACAUUAAAGUUUCCACGCUGGUAUGGGAGACAGUGAAGCAGUAGUUACUGGUUCGUCAACAGUUAUGGACUAUACGUCUACAGCUUAUAAUUCUACUGGCUCUGGUGCUUACCCUUCAGAAGUUACUGGAGGUCUUACUGCUUCUGGAACAGCAGCAGAUGGAAAUUACGCAGCAUCUGGUAUUGACCUAAAACCUGCUGGUCAAGAGCGUCAAAUCAGUUCAGCCUAUUACAGUAUGCCAGCUGGUGUAUCAACUGAUGAGAAUGCUGCUGAUGUUGGAAAUGUAACAGCUGAAGCUCCUAAGGCUGCUGGUUACAGUUCUUUAAAUGGAAAUGUUGUCAAUGAAGCAGGAAAUGCCACAACAGUUGAGAAUGGAAACACUGUUGAUAAUGCGGGUGGAGCUUCUGCUGCACCUGAGUUUGUGGAUGGUUCCGCACCGCCUAUGUCUUGUGAAGAGGAUCGGUUGUGGAGUAUUUUGAGAGCUAAUUCAUUGGAUUUUAAUGCUUGGACGGCAUUAAUUGAGGAGACAGAGAAGGUUGCAGAGAACAAUAUACUGAAAAUUCGAAAAGUUUAUGAUGCUUUCUUGGCUGAGUUCCCUUUGUGUUAUGGUUACUGGAAAAAGUAUGCGGAUCACGAAGCACGCAUAGGCUCCAUGGACAAAGUUGUGGAGGUUUAUGAAAGAGCAGUUCAGGGGGUGACUUAUUCCGUGGACAUUUGGGUGCUAUAUUGUUCAUUUGCCAUUGAAACAUACGGAGAUCCGGAAACUAUCCGAAGGCUUUUUGAACGUGGAUUAGCAUAUGUUGGAACUGAUUAUUUAUCUUUCCCUCUGUGGGAUAAAUAUAUUGAAUAUGAGUACAUGCACCAGGAGUGGAGUCGCCUUGCUGCUAUUUAUACUAGAAUAUUAGAAAACCCUAAUCAACAGCUAGAUAGGUAUUUCAACAGUUUUAAAGAGUUGGCUGCAAGUCGACCUUUGUCAGAAUUAAGAGCUGUUGAGGAAGCUGCUGCUCUUGCAUCAGAUAUGGUUUCGGAGGCUGAUGGACAAGUAAAUGGAGGAGUGGUUCAUUCUGAUGCUGCAGAGCAAACUCCUAAGCCUAUAAGUGCUGGGUCAACUGAUGCAGAAGAGUUGGAGAAGUAUGUCGCCAUUAGAGAGGAGCUAUACAAGAAAGCUAAAGAGUUCAAUUCUAAGAUCCUUGGUUUUGAAACAGCUAUUAGGAGACCUUAUUUUCAUGCACGGCCUCUCAAUAUUGCUGAGCUUGAAAAUUGGCAUAACUACCUGGACUUUAUAGAAAGUGAGGGUGACUUGAAUAAGGUGGUGAAAUUAUAUGAAAGAUGCCUGAUAGCUUGUGCUAGUUAUCCUGAGUACUGGAUACGAUAUGUUUUAUGUAUGGAAGCCAGUGGAAGCAUGGACCUUGCUGAUAAUGCGCUUGCACGUGCUACUCAAGUCUUUGUCAAGAGGCAACCUGAGAUCCAUCUUUUUGCCGCUCGAUUCAAAGAGCAGAAUGGGGACAUACCAGGUGCUCGAGCUGCAUAUCAACUUGUUCACAAUGAAAUUUCACCUGGUUUUCUUGAAGCAGUUAUUAAGCAUGCAAAUAUGGAACGCCGUCUGGGGAAACUUGAAGAUGCCUUCUCUUUAUAUGAGCAAGCUAUUGCCAUUGAAAAAGGGAAAGAGCAUUCUCAAACACUACCGAUGAUGUAUGCACAGUACUCUAGAUUUUCAUACUUGGUUUCUGGAAAUGCAGAGAAGGCUAGGGAAAUUCUUAUUGGAGCACUUGACCAAGUCCAACUGUCUAAACCAUUUCUUGAGGCCAUAAUAUAUUUUGAAACAAUUUUGCCACCACCAAAGCAGAUUGGUUAUUUAGAAUCAUCGGUUGACAAAUUUAUAGCCCCAAACUCAGAUGGCAGUGCUGCAGACCGGGAAGAUGUAUCCAGCAUAUUUUUGGAGUUCUUGAGUCUCUUUGGAGACGCACAGUCUAUUAAAAAUGCAGAAGAUCGGCAUGCUAAGCUCUUUUUACCUCGUAGACCAAUGUCAGAUUCAAGGAAGCGUCAUGCUGAAGAUUUUUUGUCUUCAGAUAAGAUGAAGUUGGCAAGGUCUUACUCUAGUGACCCUUCACCUGGCCAGUCCUUAAUGAGUGCCUAUCCUAGUGCACAAAACCAGUGGCCAGCUGGUUAUGGUGCACAACCUCAAACUUGGCCUUCCACUACACAGGCACAAACAUGGACCCCUGGCUACAGCCAACAGGCUGCAUAUGGUGCGUAUGGUAGUUAUGGUAGCAAUUAUGCUACUCCACAAGUACCCACAUCAGUUCCACAAAGUGCUGGGUAUGGUGCUUAUCCGACUACAUAUCCUGUUCAGACCUUUCCUCAACAAAGUUAUGCUGUACCAACUGCGGGCACGAUGUUAACCCCAGCCCAGCAACCUGCUGCAGGAGUUCCUCAAACUACUUAUUAUGGGACCUACUGAUGAGACUGCAGUAAAAAAGACCAUCCAAUUACUUUGCUGUCUCUGCUCUACGCGUAUCCUCAUAACUUAGAUGGCUUAGCAGUUAGCCAAGGUGAACAUUUUUGAGGUUUAAGAAGAAAAAAGGAAAAGGGGGGGGGGUUGUUUGGAUGUUUGAGAAUAGAUGUAUGUUUUAGGCGACGGUGGGUGAGUUGUUCUGUAGGUAUUGUAGUGUCCUUUUUCUACGAGAUAUUUAUGGAACUUGUAUAAAUAUUGGUAAUUCUGUAGUCAAGAGGUUCUAUAUGGACAGACUAGCCAAAAGAAAAAAGGUAAAAAAAGAAUACGGAAUUUGUUACAAACAUUCAAUACUAUGGUAAGAGGUCGUCACUGCUUUUCAGUUUACGAAUA